ACACUUCCCAAAUAUGUCCUAGCUCCAAUGGAAUUGAAAGCAAUUAAUAAGGUUCGGUGAAGGUUCAGAUCAAAGAGAUGUUGAUAUGUCAAAGCUUUUCUUUACCUGUAAAUCCAAGGUACCAUAUAUAGUUAAUGUCUCUGUAUCACCUCUCACUCUCUCUAUAAGCAGCAGCUCGGUCAUUCUUUUCAUGACCUCUUUCUCUCAACACUAUUUCCAUUCCUUUUGCCUCCUCUCCAUUUCUCUCUUUUUGGUCACUUUUCAAGUAUAAAAUCCUUGUUCUUUUCAGGUUUUGUUCCAAAACUUUCUCUGAGGUUGAGAGAAGAGUUAAUGCAAUGAGAGUAUUAGCUGUUCUUGUUAUGGCACUAUCCCUUCUGAUUUUUGGAUCUAUUGGCCGGUCUGAUGCAGUGCCAAAAACAACUUUUCUAUCUCCUGUUGAUGGUUCCAACAAGAAGAAAAGUUCAUCAAAUAUGUCAUCAUCAUCAUCAUCACUUGAAGCUGUCAACACCUUGUUCUCUAACUCCAGCAAGAUCAAGAACAUUACUUUGGAUGAAAUGAGAGUUGUUCCUACAGGUCCAAAUCCUUUACACAACAGGUCAAGAGCAUCAGCAUACACACGGCCAAAUCUUGGCAAAUAUAUGUAUACAUGAAAAUUAGACAAGAGAAAGGAACAGGAUUUUUGGUGGGGCUUAAGGGAAAAGAAGU